AUGGCAGUAGUCAAGUUCGUUGCAAUGCUUCUCCUCGGCGUAGCUUCAGUAUCAGUGCGGACGCAGUUUCUGCAGCAACCGCGCGCCACGGAGGCAGCUGAAGGUAGCAACGUUACGCUGCACUGUAAGCUUAACCUUAGCUAUAAUAGUAAUGGACAAGGUCCAGUGACCGCUCAAUGGUAUCGUGAUAGCCAUGCGCUAUAUAUCACUAAAGAAUUAAGAUACUCGUACAUUGAUGACAACAUGUACAACACAGGUGACUUCACCAUGCAUAUUUCUAAUAUACAAGUUGAUCACGAUAGUGCAGAGUUCUACUGUGAGUGGCAGCGAGAUCAGCUGAAACCGGAAGAUAGACCUGUAUCUCACACAGCUACACUAACAGCGCUUGUGCCACCACAGUCGGUUGUCAUGUCUUUGAUUGGCAGCUCUUCAUCACCGGAUGGAACGCUACAGUUUUUGUGUGUAUCGGACAGCAGUAACCCAGCAGGUACCAUCACCUGGUGGCUGGACAACGAAGAUAUCAGCGUUGAUUCUAGUCACAUCCACAAACCGGGUUCAAGAAAUAAGACAUCCUCAACAACGAGUAUCGUGAAUCACACGUUUUCAUCGGAUGAUAAUAACAAGCAUCUUUUUUGUCAUGUCUUUACCCACGAUGACUUAGCUGUAGAGGUAAUAAACAAUACCCUAUACUUGAGAGACACUGUGACCAUCAGCAGCUAUAACAACCCUACUGAUGAUGGCGUAAUUAUACAGGAAGCCGACAACCUGACGUUAACGUGUAAUGCUGAUGGCUAUCCAGAACCAUCUUACACGUGGUUGCACGACGACCAGGGAAUACAAGCUGCAGGGGACGAGAUGGCGAUAGAGCGAGUCGAGUUUAAAGACAAGGGUUUCUAUUCAUGCCAGGCGAUUAGUGUGUUUGGGGAAUACAUGUCGUGUAACAAGAUGAAUGUGACCGUGAUCGUGCCAGCAGCGUACGUCACCAUGGCAAUAGACGGCAAUGCUGUAGCAGACACAGAAAUAAUGCAUGCAGGACCGCAUGAAGCUAGCUGCACUACAGACAAAAGCUUCCCGGGAGGAACAGUAACAUGGAAACUUGGUGAUACAUCUGUAGACGAAGCUACUACUUCACAUGUCAGUGAAGUUGAUGGAACUAUAACGACGUACAGCACACUGAUGCGUACAUUUACCGCCGAUGAUCACGAUAAAAUACUUGCCUGUCAUGUUGACAUCCACGAAUCACUCCAGUCACUGUCGGUCGAGGUGCGGCUUAUCGUGCAGUACAUGGGAGAAGUAAGAGUGAGGGGUGACAAUCAGGAAGGCGUAAUAACGCUUACCCACGGUAGCACACUAUGGUUGCUCUGUACUGCUGAUGGAAAUCCACCACCAAGUUAUUCAUGGCUUCACAACGGAACCUUAAUAACUGACGAGGGUAACAGCACCUAUGAAAAAGAUUCGGUUACCUAUAUAGAUACUGGCGACUACGUCUGCGCAGCUAGCAACAUUGUAGGGAUUAUCAAAUCCACAAACACAAUGUCGCUGAACGUUGCUACUCCAGAGAAAAGACCUGUUUAG